GAACUUAUCUGAACAAACAUAUUUGUGUUCUUAUUCAAACUCAUUUAUAAACGAGCUUCAAAAUUUGUUCAAAUUCGGCUAAUUUAUUAAAUAAACGAAUAUGAACGAGCUUGAACUGAGCUCGAAUCUAAGUAGUUUAUUGAUCGGCUCGCUUCAUUUACACCCCAAUGCCUUCUUAACCAGUGUUGCAAGAAAAAAAAAAAAAAAUGCAUUCAUGGUUGUCUUCUACGUGUCAAAAAACUAGCACCUUUCCAAGUUUCCAUCUUAAUUUACUACGUAUAUAUACAUUUUCCCUCUUUUUAAAACCCCAUUAUCGCAUAACUUGCACGGCUGCUGCCUGCUGGAGUGCUGGCUGCUCCAAUCCUCACGUGACCUAUCACGUGCUAUGCAGGACCAAACAUCCCCUGUUUUCUCUCUCUUCACCUCCUCUCUUUCUCUCUCUAAACCAACAUUCAUCCAACGUCUUCCCUUCAAAACCAACCAAUUUUUAAAUUAAUUUCAUUGAAUUCGUUGACUCACGCAAUUUUCAAUCUUUUCUUCACCCUUUUUCAUUCACAGAAUCAAUGGAUUUUGGGGUUGAUGGAGAUGUUGAUGGUGAAGUGGUGGGAAGUUCCGCGGAUACAGAGGGCAGGGUUGGUGAUGAAAAUGAUAUGGGAGGAAGUUCUGUUGAAGGGGGACAGAGCCAAGAUGAUAAAAUGAAUGAGGAGUUAUCUGAAAAGGAAGUUAUCCCAGUCGGGGAACCAAUAAAUGAGCCUUUUGUGGGGCAAGAGUUUGAAUCAGAGGCGGCUGCUCAUGCAUUUUACAACACAUAUGCUACACAUGUGGGAUUUGUAAUACGAGUUAGCAAGUUAUCUCGGUCAAGACGUGAUGGUACUGCUAUUGGCAGAGCCUUGGUUUGUAAUAAAGAGGGUUAUAGGAUGCCCGAUAAACGUGAAAAGGUUGUGAGGCAAAGAGCUGAAACUAGGGUUGGAUGUAGGGCAAUGAUUUUGGUGAGGAAAAUGAAUUCCGGUAAAUGGGUGAUCACAAAGUGUGUAAAAGAACACACUCAUCCUCUAACGCCAGGAAAGGGGCGGAAAGAUCUUAUCUUUGAGCAAUACCCGAAUGAGCAUGAUAAAAUUCGGGAAUUAUCCCAGCAGUUAGCUGUUGAGAAAAAGCGAGCUUCCACAUACAAAAGGCAUCUCGAAAUGGUGUUCGAGCACAUCGAGGAACAUAACCAGAGCCUUUCGAAGAAGAUCCAAGAUAUUGUAGGCAGUGUUAGAGAAUUUGAGUCGAGAGAGAAAGAGAACUGUAGAUAGUAUUUGGUGCUCUCUUACUUUUACAAUGUAGGUGAUAUCCAAAGAUUAAACACUUUGGAAAUUUGUGUGCAGAAAUUCUGUGAAAUGAGGCUAAAAUUGUGAAUUUUUUUUUUUUUUUUUUUUUUCCUUUUACGGGACCACAUUGUUUUUUAGAACAGCCUUGUUGAUUCUUAAGCUAACAAUCAUUUUUACAGCAUGGGUAGCUUGGAACACUUCUGAAUCAUUAUAACUGGUGAUUAUUGUAAGACUGAGCUCCUCAUGCUCCCCUUGUUCGAUAAAGAAAAUGCAUCUCUGUGUAAUGUGGACUUGGCCCUUGAAUCGCCUGUGAAAUUUGAGAUCAAACAGAAAAGCCACAUUCCUCAA